GAUAAGAGCGUCUGCUAAAUUACAAACAUGUAAAUGUAAGGUGACUGGUCAUAUUGUUAUUACGUUAGGUCAUAUUCUUAUUAUGUUGUGGUUCCCACAACUGUUUUUGGGCCAGGGACAAAAUACCGGUAAAUAGCGGCUGUCCAGGCUGUGAGGCCAGGCUGAAUAUAUUGGUUCACAUUACACUGAAAUACAUGAAUAUUGCCACCAAAUAUGAAAUUGCAUUGAAUCGAAUUAAUCAGAUCUUAUUGUACUGUGUGUUUCAAUAUUGUGUAUUAAACCUUUUCCCUUGUCUUCUAAUAGUUUUAUUAGUCCGUGACUCAAACUCUACAUUAAGAUUGAAGACAACCGGGAUGGUGCCACUGUUAUUGUUCAAAACUCCUAAGAAUCCAAGGUGGUGUACCUUCUUCCAGUGAGAUGGUGAGGAUUGGAGAACCAUGGCGCAGUUUCAAAGCAAAUGGAUGAUAGACCUACCAAUCAUUUUGGUGCUUCUAAACAUUGAACUCUCUAUCGCAUGUGGUAGAGCAGAGUACAGAAUAGUUGAUGAGUGCUGUCCUAUGUGUUCGCCAGGAAACCGGGUACAUAAACACUGUACAGAAUUUACAAGUACUUCCUGUGUCCCCUGUACCGACUCCACUUUCCUUGAUGAACCCAAUGGUCUUACGGCAUGCAUACUGUGUACAAACUGUGACCCAGGCUUUGGUUUGAAGGUAAAGCAGCCGUGUAGACCUUCAUCAGACACUGUCUGUGGGACAUUGGAGGGGUUCUACUGUCUAGACCCAACUAAGGAUGGUUGUAGAGCAGCCCAGAGACACAGCAGCUGUAAACCUGGUCAAUACAUCAGCCACACAGGAACAACAUCUACAGAUACUGUGUGUGCUGACUGCACUGGUGAUACUUAUUCAAAUGGAUCAUUUACAUCCUGCCAGCCACACACACAAUGUGAUACCUUGAAGCUUCAGCAAAUUAAACCUGGAACUCAUUCAUCCAACUCUGAAUGUGGACCGCAGACCUCCCUUCCCAUAGCUGAAAUAAUAUCUCCUGUUGUGGUGGUGGUACUAGCUGUGAUAGCAGCAGUGAUUGGAGUAACUAUAAGAAGAAAAUAUCUAUCUGAGACACAACGACCUACAGAUGUACAUAAAGGCCUACAAAUGCCUAUAGAGGAAUCAGACACAGAGGGAACAACGCUGUUUGUGGGACCAAGAACAGGUUUUCAUUUUAUGCUUGUAUUUGGAAAGGAUUGUGGGCCAGCAGAAUACAAAACAUUUGAUGGGCAGUGCUGCCCAAUGUGUAAUAAAGGUUCAGUGGUCCGCAGAGAUUGUACAUUGGAGUCCAGCACAUCUUGCAUACCCUGUAUCAGAGGGACAUUCAUGAACGAGGCCAAUGGUCUAACCAAGUGCUUUCCCUGCACUCCCUGUGACCCAGGACAGGGCCUUUUCACUCAGACAGAGUGCACAACAACAAGUAACACAGUCUGCCACGUUCUAGAUGGAUACUACUGUAGAAGCUACUCAUCCAACUCAGAGUGUAGCUUUGCAGUGGCACAUACACAAUGUUCACCGGGCCAGAGCACUACUGCACCUGGAACAAAGACAACAGAUACCAUUUGUGAGGAGUGUCAGGAUGGCUUUUACUCACAACAUGGUGUGAACUGCACAGCUUGGACUGAUUGUGCAGCGAUGGGACACGUGAAGACUAAAGACGGAAAUUCUAGACAAGAUGUUAUUUGUAACAAAGUUCAAUUAAGGAGUCAUUGCACUCUAAUAGCUCCACCAUUAUUUAUCCUAACACUGUUUUGUCUCUACCUGGCAAGAGCUAAACGUAGGAAAGAGAUGCAUGAAUUCUGUGAGGUUCCUGUGCAAGAAACGGGACCUCUACAAGUCACCAGUAACUCCCUAGUGGAAACAGCAGAGAAUGUGCCUGGAAAUGUUGUAACGGAUGUUGACAUUCAGCAUCCACUAAACUCGGAUGAAGUGCCAUGAAUGCAUGCAGAUACCCAGAAGGCUCUAAAACUGGCGCACACAGAUACAGUAUUUGCUGGGGAGUAAAUGAAUUGAGUACUUUCGAACUGCAUUGCAUUUGCUCUUGGAUUCUGACUAAUAAGUGUAGUUACCGAGCGUGGACUGUUGAACAUGGUGACUGAAACUGCUCAUCCUCCUACCACAUCUAAUAUCUACCAGGACAUCGUCACGUUUUACUUACACUUUUUAUAUGAAACUGGUCAUCCUCUUACAUUUACAUUUUACAUUUACAUUUUUGUCAUUUAGCAGACGCUCUUAUCCAGAGCGACUUACAGUUAGU